GUCCCAAAGACCCUCCGGAACAAGGGGUACAACAAGGCGAACAACAAUUUUUACAACAAGGCGAACAGCAAUUAGCACAUCAUCAACAGCAAGGACAAGAAGAAUACUUUCAAGGACAAGCACAAUCUUAAGGCUACAGCUCCUACACGUGAUAGAUUAGCCAUCACUCUGAUUCCUGGGAGGUUCAUCCAACGAACCUUGCUUGGGUCUACUUUUUCUCUCCGAAGAAGAUUAAAAACAAGCUUGCAUGGAUCUGACAGGAUGAAAAAGUGCACUCACAAGUACUUAACAAGUUUUUAGCUAGUACUUUUCCACUUCAAUCCGAUUCAUCCUAGCCACUUGAAUCUAUCAUGUCCACAGCCACAACGUGCUCAGGUACCUACACGGCCGCCUAUCGUCCUAAGAAAGUAGUUUUCUGCGUACGAGUAAGAGCAACUAUUCAUGGGGAUCUAAGUUAUUUCCACUUUCAGUGGUGAAAAUAACUACUCUAACGCUCUAACAACAAGCACCACAAGUACAGGAGGAGCAAAACUAUUUAAUGAAUAACAUUCCGGGGAGUGCGACUGCGUUAAUCAAGGCUACUCGGCAGUUGCCAGAAGAAUCGAAAUUCGUGGUGCACUAUUUAUCCGUUCCCAUUUUCUUAAGAACAAAGGUUCAUUCUUAAGGGUCUUUGCUUUGGUCAUGAACACUAUCAGAACUUAUCUCUACGGGCCCUGCGGAGGCAAGCUGAUCGAUUGACUGAUUGGAUGAUCUUUAGUGGGCUAGGUCAGCGGGAGCACAGGCGUGCUUGCACAGUCCAGAGGUGGCCCUGGGUCUGUUUUAGUGCCUCCGUUGUCCAGCGCCGCCGCUCGUUAGGCGGCCGCAUAUUGACUGGUUGCGGGUUGCUCUUAGCAGCGCCAUCUACUUCAGGGACAGCACACGGGUGCCAUUUGUUUACUUUCGUUGAAACUUAAUAUUUAUAUUAGGAAAAUACUUCUAGCCUGUGCCUUUUUUGUUUAAGUUUGUUGUACAACCUAUAUUGCCUAGCUACGUGGUGUACAAAUUGAAAAAAGGAAGCCACAGCUUCAGCAAGUAUUAAAAGGUAGUAUGUAAAUGUAAUAAAGUUAAGUGUUUACAGACUGUUGAGGCCACAUUAGAAAGUAGGCGUUUACAAACAAACAGACAAACUGUUGAGGCCGCCCGUGAAAGUGCUGUAAGUGCGCAGAAGGAGGUGACGCGUGUUCUAAUUUUCUGUCCGUCAAGCGACACCCGUUUGGUUAAGGCCAGGAGUCUUCAGUCAAUUAUAUCUGGGGAUCUAGAGCAAAUUUAUUUCACUUUCAGUGGUGAAAAUAGAAGGUAAGUCGCUGUGAGGUGAAUGUAGUAAAAGGUAUUUUUAAGUUGUCACUCAACCAGACCUAGUGAUUGGUACGCAUUGGUUAGCCUCAGCCUCUUACUUCAAUCGAUAAUAUUUCAUUAUCGUGUUUUUAGUGACUGGCUCGUCGUCCUGAGUGUGUCUUAAUAAAGGAAGACUACAAUUACUACACGAUAGGAGCUCUAAUUUGCGGGCAGUUAAGAAGUGCAGUGCCGCCACACUACAGAACCCAACUACAACUUUAAGGCUACAUCUUCUGGAGCAUUUUCAGCGUCAUCCUUGGCCUCUUUUUGAAGCGGAAUAACGGCUCGUCAGGUAUGCUUUCAAUCAUCUUAUUAUUAGAUAUAGAAUAUGGGCACGACUUAGGUAAAUACAGAACUUUCAUCUUUAGGAGUAUUAGUGUGCUAUUGAAUAAGUAUAGCGGUUCUUGCUUUAACAACUGAGAAGAAGAGGAAAAGGAACAUCUUCCGCGUUGUGGAAGAGGGCCGAAACGUGGAUGGCAGCGAAGUAUGUGCCCAAAUUGCUGCGAUCCGUGCCCUCUUUUAAGGGUAGGCGUUAGGCGUUGGUGUUACCGUUUGUUUUGACUCUCCCAAGGGGGAAGAGCUGCAUAGCAAACGGGCCAACAAGCGAAGAUACUUACACCAAAACCCGAGGACCUCUAACUUUUGUACCCGCCACAGGGGCGGCGACAGUGUUCGCACAUUGAUUUCCUGACGCAAGGACAAGCGUUCGAUUCAAUGGAGAAACUCAGUACAGAACUCUUUCCGCAAGCUAUGGGAAACUACAGAAGUAGCUUCUUAGUCAGAAUGCUAGAUUUUCGUCUUCUUCUUCUUCUUGUCGACGCUAGUAUGUUGCAUAUUUAUAAGAACUCAACUCGUAUUUCAUAGACCCGAACAUCAAGUGCUGGAAAAGAGGUUCCAUCUACAAAAUGGACCAAAGUUAUCGGUUACUUAUCUACUCGUCUUAGGCUAAUCCCUUACUAGAAAACCAAAUUUAAGUUAAUGAUAAUCUUCUCUAGUACUGCUGGUGUACUUCUACGAUGAGAGAGGUACGAUCAUACUCCGGUACGAUACGAUCAGUCAAGUACUCCUACUAAUUACUAAAACUACAACUAGAACUAGUUGUCGCGGUGGACAUCAACUUACUACUGACCACUUGGUUAGGUUGGAUUAUAAUGCCACUUCUGUAGGUGGAUUAAUGUAGUGCCACUUAUUGUUCUGCUCUAGGUGGAUUUUAAUAUAAUGGAACGUGAUUGAAUGUGAAUCCCCAUACUUGUGCUAGUAGAACAAGGGGCAGCGACAAGAUUGAAAGAUUCUUCAAUAUACUCCAUUCAUUGUUCCCUUUAUUGUACAUGCAGUAAGAUCAUGGAGUAGUACCUUGGAGCGCCUCUCAAUUUACAUUGCUUUAGGGACCUGCUCUCAAUCUAUUUACAUUACUAGGGGCUAAGUAACUAUGAUGAAAAUAUGCGAGUAGCCAACUGAAACAUCAGAGUCAUUGCGUUGCUCUUGUUUGAGUAUUUCGCAUAUUUUAUGUAGCUGCUUGCAUAUUUCAGCUCAUCUUUAUCGAACAAGAACAUUACUAGGCACUACUAGUUGUAGUUGUAGAAGAGUUAAGUAAGUCGCGCUCGCGCUAAGCAGGUGGGGUACGAGGUGGGACUGCGCAAGAUUGCGAAGGGCGCAGAGAAGGAACUCCAAAUGGAUAAUGAUAAUUAUGAACAAUUGAAAAAUAUAGAAAAAAUAUGAAGUCUCCUCGUCUCAUAUAUGUAUAAACAGCUACGUAUUUUUUUUACAACAAGGAAUUAAACGAAAUUAUUUACUGCAGCAGCCAGGCCAUGGGGAUGGGUGUAAGUGUAAGGAUUGCUUGCUCUCUUUCGUGCCUGUCGUGCACACACGAUGUUGAAGAUACUCAACAAUGAAUAUAAGUAGAUAUUCCCACCUCAUAAGUCUUAGCUUAGUGCUGGUCCCUUCCAUCAAAGUAUCAUCUUCUUUAAGGUGGAGGAGAAAGCUACAACAAGAAAACAAGGCGACCCACCAAAAAUAGAAGAUGAGUAUCUUCUAUUACUAGUAGUGAGAUCACCAUGAAGAAGAUGAGCCUCCUCCUACUCCCCCUCCUCUAAGAUGGGCAUGUUACAUUUCUGCCCCUUUCGAUGUCUAUUUCUGUCGGGAGCGGUGGCAUCAGGAAUGCUUACGGCUCUUGCUCCAUGUAUAAUUAUUCUUGACUACUGUCUGUUAUAUUUGAUUACUCUAAUCGGACGUCGCAGCUGCGGGGAGGUCGGUGCCCUGUCGAGGCGCCCUGAUUGAUUGACUGCUCGAUACUAGUCUAGAGCGAGCGACGCGUAGCUCUACUCCCAUAACCUGUAACCCUCGCGUCGACCUCAUUACAUGCCGCCCUCUCCCUGUAACUACAUCUUCGAUCUCAUUGGGCUGCAUACAACCUGUAAGCAAACUAGUACUGUAGUAGUUCUUCGCAUGCUUCUCUUCUCCUUAGGUUUACAAACUUUAGAACACGCUACAAAAAAAGGAAGAAAAGGCCUAAAAGUCAUCUUAUACUUCGUAUUUAUUUAUUAUACAACUACGCUUAGGCUUACGUUAUUUUUAUACUUCGUAUAGUAGAAGAUAUCACAGGCUAGCGCAGGGAUGACGACAUCCCUGCGCUGCUGUUGAGUUUAUUAAGUCGCCUCGGGCUGUCUCGUGUAAGUAUAAGGCCUAGACUUAGAAAGCAAGACCGCUGGGCUCUGAUGUACUUACUGGCAAAGUGCAUGACUUUAAGGAAAAAGGGGAAGAAGAGGGAGGAGGGAAAUACUGCAGAGACAAGAAGGAAUGCGCAAUACUUACCCGCCAACGAUUGGCAGCAAGAAGUGCGCUGCUUUGACGACAAGCGCCGCGCGUGAAAGUAUCGCCAAGCAAAGGGCUGCGCGCGUCAGAGCAAGGAGCCUUCGCACGAAUCAACUGAAAAGAACCCAGGCGACGCGACCUGACUGCACGCGACGCGCGUGAGAGAUAUGCGCCGCGUCUUCGGUCAGUCAUACAGGAGCCACGCAAUAGCCGAAGCCCCAGCAGUAUGGUAUACUGCUGAAAAAGUUGAAAACUGCUACUCAGCAGAAGAGAGGCCACUAAGUUCAGAACCCGACGGGUCUGGUGCUGCUGCAGACAGUUGCUGCGUGCGACAUUUUUGAAGGAGAUGCAAACUCUUGCGCGCAAGAUAAUUGAUUCACACCAGAUUGAGACAACGCACCCGCUCGAAAAUGUUGACCAGUAUACGCAAGAGGCCCAGACUAGCUCCUGCCACAGUGUUGCUUGUCCAAUGCAGUGAAAACCUUGAAGAGCCUGCUGGCCGCAAGAAUUGGAACUAUCUUGGAGGCCGAGCGAAUCAGAAAAACAAAAACAGCGACCGCCCCACGAUCGGGAGAGAACUUGCUAAAACGCCUCACACAGAGGGAACACUUAAAGGGAAGGACUUGGCUAGCGAAUUAACAGAGAGCAAACUUGUAGCACGUACGGACUACCUGGAUUCGAUAAGCCAGCACUUUGACGGGCUUGCGCCAAACGGGUUGAGAUUAUAGCGGGCUGCGCUGUUUCAGAUAUUGGCGAAACCGUCGCGGGGAAGCUUGUCCAUGCUUCUCCGUCCACGAUACAAAAACCGCGCAACGGGGUAGCCUGAAGGGGGGCCAAAGUGCUGCACUGCUGCAAGGCUUCUGCCUUCUACCGUAAAACAGGCGCAGCGCUUAUCGCUUUGAGCUCGUGGCCGUGGCUUAUUGAAUCUCGCAGCGGCUAAAGCAGUAGCAUAGUCCAAAGCGAGCGGCUUGGUUGGAUGGUUCCGCUGGUUUUAGGAUUGCUAUCAGCGAAGCGAGUGCAUAAGAAGCACGGCUUCGCUGGCUCGCGAGUUAGGAGUAGAUCGAUGCGGUGAGAAUCUUAUACGUUAACACUGACGAAGCAGCAAAAGUCUUGGCGCGUUGUGGUUGAUCUUGAUGGUAGCGCAGUAGUGCCCAUUUUCCAUAGUGUUCCUGUGCUUCAUGCUCAUGCGUGGACAGUGCUCGCGCCCGUGAAGAUCGUCCCAGCCGCAUUGCUGGGCUGGUGUUUUGUUUUCUUUGGUUUCCAAUUCCAAAAAGAAACUUGCCGCACGUGUCUCCGUCGUCGUUCCCGUUCAGCUGGCGCCGGCGCAUGUGCGACAUCUUUUGCCCCGGAAGAAGCACGCUGAUGGCAUGACUUGCAGCAAAGACACGACAAGAAAGCAGAAGAAAACGCGGAACAUUUGAACUCUGUGCAUAGAGAGCAAAAGAGAGACCAGGCCUGACCUCGAUGGCAUAACAAUGAAGCACGCAACUCUGACGCGUUUUGUGGCUUUGUUUUGCUUUUUUGUCCGGUUUCCCAAGCUCCUCCCAUGUCGCGCGCAGUGCAUCGGCUGAACUGUCGACACCGAUGGCGUCGCUUGCAAAAAAUGCAAGAGAACACGCGCGCAAUGCUCGACGCGUUAGCCAGAUGAUGCAAAUUCUGCGCGCUGAUGUGAGACGGCUCCCCCUUUGAUUGUGCGGCCUUAUUUGGCGUCGUGUCAUUUGGAUGCUUCUGGCGUUUAUUUUAUGCGUAUGGCAAGCUGCACGCGUAUGGUAUGCUGCGGGCUGGUUAAGCUGAUAGCCCACCGGGGUGCCGUGGCUUUGUUGUGGCAUUCGUGUUGAUCUUGAUCCCCAACCGUGUGCGAAGUUCGUCACAACUGUGGCGCCAUGCAUUCUGGGCCCGUCUGGGGGCUCUCCAUGGCAUGCAAUUCGUAAAGAAUGGCGCUGACUCGCAGUGAUUUACUGGCGCUUUUUCUAACAUAUCACCCAGCGAGGUACUCGCUUACUGUUCCCGUACGUAUUACCUGCCUGCUUUUUCUAUAUUGCUCGAAGGCCUCUACUUGGAUGGAUGGAAAAUGAGAGCCAUCGACCCGACUGCUGCGCUUUGAUUCUCGAACUUGAUCGCUUUGCUUUUAUUUUACUGGCAUGAGCGUGGUGCCUUGCGUUCUAAAGUCAGAAGCUGAUGAGUGUGCGUCUAUCGUUGGCCUUCGAAAGCGAUGCGAGCCACAGCCACAGGCACAGUGGGGAAGUUAUAUAGCAAGCCACUCCGCUUCCAUGGCCAUCAUUUUUUUGACAGCUUUCCCCGGUGUUUUGGCUGCCUUCUUCAGUACUUUGGCAGCCUUCGUCGCUGCUUUCAGUUGGUUUGUGUUUUUUUUCAUUGGGUUGCGCACUUUCGCCAUUUUCUUCGUAGAGGCAGGCUUUUCCCCAGCGUUUUGCUCGGUCGUGCUGGCGCUUUUCAUCGUCGUGGUCGGUAGCCUCCGGCGAUUCGCUGAUAGCGAAGGCGGUUGGUUCUUGUUCUUUGCUUGAGUGCUUCUGCGUCGAUGUUGGUAUCGGAAGAAGAACCUGCCGGGAGUGGAAACGCGGCGGGGUAUGAAUGUGACGAAUUCCCUUCAAGCUUUUCGGUUGCGUAUGGGGUAGCUUCUCACGCAAAGAGUUCGACACUUACCAGCAGCAGCCGCUUGAGCUCGCUGGGAGCUCUGACGAAGAAGGCGCAGAUGGGUCGGAAGUAGGCAAAUCCGUGGGGUGCAGCGUAGGGGCUUGGGGUGGUUGGUACGCAGCAGCGUUAAGCCUUUCACUUUCAUAAAUCUCCAAAAAAUCGCGGCGGAGCACGUCCGGCACAGUGAGCAAAUCAGUAUGGACUUGCGUUUUAUUUUCGCCCAUACUGCGCAUGAGUUAUUUCAGCGCAGAGGCAUCGCCACCCUUGUGGAUGGUGGCCGACGUCGCGCACUCCUUGGCGGGUGCUGCGGCUACCAACUGCGUCAGAAGGUCAUAGACCUGAAAGAGGGAGAGCCUUAGAGGGCUGGGCCAUGGAAGCUGGAAGCGUUUCGAGAGAGAAACACGACGCAGAGACGCAGAGCGUAGACGAAAACUAACGAAGGCGCUGACUACUUUAGUUCUUUGAUAAGAUAGCAGCGAUUUUUUUUCUGUUUCCUAUGAAAAAGAAGGCAGAACGCAACGCCGUAAGCAGGAGCAUGCGCAUGCUAGACCAUCAGCAGAGUAAAUUUCUUGCGUCACUCUACGCCUUAGAUGUAACGCCUAAAAAAGCAGAACAGAGGCCAGCUGUAGACGAAGUGCUGACGGAUCGAAAACAAAGGGAAAGUUAACAAAAUGACGGUAAUCAAAUGCAUCGACUCGCUUCCUCGUCUACGUUCUUUGUCUAGCUUCUUUGCCUCUCUCAUCGUGUCAAGCAUAAAAAAAUCAUCGUCGUGAGUCCAGUCCGUCACUCGUCCGACUUCAUGCUCAAAAAAAAGCCAGACUCUCGGGCAAGGAGUGCAGAACUUCUCGAAACUCCCAAUUCGAUAUAGCUUAUACGAGAUACUAUUAAAUAACAGCUCAAAACUACACGCCGUCUCUUCACGAAGGAGGUAAAAGUAGAUGAAUAUCAAUCAUUAGUUGACGCUGAAGCAUCAAAGAAAAAAUGUGAUUGAAGAUGGUCAAGUGUUGGUAGUCCUUCUGGGGCUGCGCAUAUCCGCCGUUUGAGUAUGCAGGUAAAUAGACUGUGGAUGGCGGACCAAGUCUUAUCUUAUCCUAAUAUCAUUUCAUCCACGUACUGGACGUGGGAGAUAGGCUCUCUAAAGUCCCGACGGAAAACUGUUUGCGGCAGAAGCGAUAGUUAAGGCUCAUCAUAGAAGAGGGUUCGGGUAUCUUCAGAUUCUUGCACACGCUACUGGCACAUGGAGAACACUAUUGGCACGUUGUAACGAUUAACGGAAUAAUUAGAAGGCUAGUUUCGCUUUUUGUUUCGGAUAUUCUUAGGCUACUCCUUAUCCCCAACACAUUGCGGGCCUGAGUCUCCUUUGUUUGAGAUUAUAACACGAUCGCAAAAGUACUAUAAUGUACAAGCUUCAACAAGAAAUAGGAAUCAGCUGUUUUUUAUCCCUGUCGAUCAAUCAUCUCAAGCAGCAUCUAAGAUAGAUUACCUGGGCUCUGGUGUUGUGCAACACGAACACUCGUUCUCGAGGACGAAAAACCGACGAGGAAAAGCACAGGUAUGGAUGUUGUUUUUUGCAUCUAUCAGAGAGACCAUCGAGAGAGACUGCUUCCCUAAAUUUUCAAGCUCUACGAACGUUUGUAACGUCGAUUGGGUACACUACUGCAACUGCUACAACUAGAACUAGCACUACUGAAGGGAAAAUAUGGGUAGCUGUUUAUGGUCUCGCUAGAUGAAAAAAACAACAUUCAUAAGAGGCGGAGAAGCCCGAAGCUCGGGUGAUCCCAGAAACAGAGCUGAACAAAUUACGCUUCGUAAUCUUCUCACGCUGAAUGCAGCCGCAUUAUUGUACUGUAGUACUAGCACUAGACACAACAGCAAAACAAUUAUAGCAGAGCGCGCUAGUACUAUUUUACGCGGAAUAAGAUUAUAUAAGGUGAGGGAUAGCGUAUUUAUCAAGGCGGGCCGCCGAAGCUGAGGCCACUUCUCUAGCAGCGCCAGGAAAAGAAAAUAGAACGUCGGGCACCACGACUGAGUCUGAAUCUGAAGCAUACCACUAGACAUAACAUUGAUCGGGCCAUCCUGUAGGUUCGUCCGGUACCACGGCUCGGCCGCUGGAACGAGGGCCCUCAAAACCUAUAAGUAUUUGUGUGAAUCAAUAAGAACACAAAUACUUACGAUGAAAAUAAAGAAAGUAAAGAAGAGCACAAGAAGAAUUUUCACAAGGUUUUCCGUUUUUUCUAAUGUCAGAAAGUCAAUGCGCGCCACCCUGGCCACGCUCCUCACGUCGGUUCCCUCUCAUUAUUGGGGCUUUGGUCCGGCUUCUGGGUUCUGGGUCGGUUGAGUGAUAGGGUGCCACAGUAUUUCUUUUUAUUAUUUCUCCUCCCGUUCCCCUCCUCCUUGUGUCUUCGUUAUGAUUAUUGCCAGAGCAGUUUAUAGCACGCAUGGCGCAUGGCGUAGCAUGGAGUGCAUGGAGCGCAGACCUCCAAGGGACGCAAGAAGCGCCCCCUUUAGGUCCAUGCAGCUCCAUGCGGUCCAUGCACUCCAUGCCAUGCGAGCUGGCAAACCUUACGAAUUACCCUGUUACCCAUUUCUCUCUGAUUCUGAUCUGUCCCCUCCCUCUCGCUCCUCCACUCUUUCUCUCUCACCUAUCUAUGUGUUCGCUUUGAAUGAUUAUUUAUGUUCGAGUGCAGGGUUAGCUCUUAGUCUUUGAUUAGUCGCCGUCUAGUCCAUUCGCAUCUAAUGUAAGUCGAUGGGCUUGCAGCAGCAGGAUUCAAAGCCGACUUUUCGACGCUGAAGUUAGGAUCUAUUCGUCGCUACUAAGAAUGAGAACCUGAAACAAACGCUGAAACAAGUUGACCUAUGAUCUUCUACUUAAAUGAUUCAUCAAGAGCAUAUGGAUAUGUUGAUCCAUCACCUUUGCCGCCGCGUCUUACGCCCCUCAUGCAAGCACAUUUCUAGGAUCCUUGCAGAGGGGAAGGAAGGGAGAUAGACUCAAAUAAUGAAUGUAGAUCAUGUGCAAUCUAGAAUCAUCGCCUUUCAUUGGGGGGAAAGGAAUAGAUAUAAUCGAUACGCAACAAGUUACAGCACUCACUUAGAUCAUAGGCACAGCAACCUUACAGCACUUUGCGGCAGCCUUACAUUGAUAUGCAACUUACAGCACCUUACAGCCUUACACUGUAUCCUUACAUUCAUUUGAUAUGCAGCCUUAGAUUGAUGCGCAGCCUUAGUGCAUUGAUAUGCGACCUUACAUUCAUGGAUAUGCAACCCCAUACAGCACUUAAUGUGCAGCAUGCAGCCGCUACUUCUAAUAUAAUCCGAUAUAUUGAAUACGCCUCUUGGUAGAGCUUGGUCGGAGAAAGAGGAAGUCCCCGAAGAUCCGUUUACGAAGUUGAAGAGGGACAAGCGCAACGGACUACCCUACGUUAGGAACAAUAUACAUACACCUGCAUAGAGUCCGAUAAUGCAUAUCCUCUCCGCCAUACGCCCUGCCCUAUUGGUCUGGACCUACGCAGACUCUUCGGCCGUCAUGGGUUGAUGCUGCGCCAGGCGUUUGCUCCUAUUAAACUGACCCGACUGAGCGACCCCGACGAUAGAGAGAAACGCGACGACAGGAGUAAAACGACGCCGCUCCAGGUUGUGAAAAUCGUGCGUGGUUUUGCUUGUUUGGUGUGUUCAUUCUUAUUCUGAGAAGGGUCGCGUCGUAGAUCGCGCGCGCGCCGAUGUGUCGCUGGUUCUGCAGUCGGUUUUGAGCGCGGAUCCCUUGCGAAGUGGUAGGCCCGAAGCCGUAAAAGAUGCCGAUGCGCACAGCGCCCGCGUAUUGGCCUCCAACGCUGUACGGCGUUCGCGCCCCUCUCGGCUGCGCGCUUACUUUGGCGCUUGUUCGCUAGAGGUGGCAGGACUGACGACAGGCGCAGGCCGUGGCGUGGCUCGUUUCUUUUGGCUGGGCUUUUGUGUUGCGUCUGUCUUUGUGUGGGUCGGUGGUGUGUGGGGGGACUGGCUGCAGAUGAUGAGGCCAAGGCGCCCGUGGAUAUGUUCGAUGGCGGUCUGUCGUUCGGUGUCUGUGUGUGUCUUUUGUCUCUUGUGUUCCGCGCCAUCUCCUUGGGCUUGUUGGUUGUUUCGUGUGCUGGUUCGUUUGUCCUCAGCCUCUGUCCCCUGGUGUUGUGAUUGGCUUCGCUCGUCCAUUGCCCUGGGUGGAUGUGUAGGGGCUUCGGCUAAAAACAUUGACGAACCCCACCUCCCCCCGCUCUUUAGCGGCUUGAGGCAGUGUAAAAGCCAAAUAGUUUUCCGCGUUUGUGCCUUGUUUCAGCUGUGUGCCUCCGCAGAUCAGUGGGGCUUUUUUGUUCCGUGGUAGAUACGCCCGCCAAGUACUUUUGGGGUGACCUUGCCCAGCGCUGAUUGUGUUCUUGUGCAGUUUCCUUUGGGUUGCUCCCAGCGCUUCACCUUUCAGAGGCCGGCCGGCCAAACAUUGACACGGAUCGGCGUGCUGUCAACUGCAGAAGCCCCGGCACCCUCGCGCUCUGUUGUUAGCCGGCUCGGCUUCGCUCGGGUGUCGGUCUCUGUCUCGGUCUGUUUCUGUGAUUUCGCUCGCUGCUCCGUUUGUUCCUCGAGUGUCUCUCUGUAUUUCCACUGAGGAGAAAGGCCACGUGGCCGGUGGCCUUGUCUCCUCGUUCUUUAUCGGUCGCGCCCCCUCGGUUUAGGUAUAAUUAAACGCUCUUCGGGAGCUGUGCUUUUCGUGUGCUCUUUAAUUAUCUUCGAACUAUAUUCAGCCCCCUUAAUUUUCGCCGUAGCUUACUCGUGUUUAUAACGCUUCAGAAUAUCUGUGCUUCACCAAUUUACUCCUAUCGAUCCAUCGUAGCGCUCUUGCGCCGGCCUAUCGUUGUUCUGCAUCUAUCAUCAUCACCGUCAUCACCAUCUUUAAGUUUAAUAAUAAUUGCACACAGCAACCAAUCACGUGAGGAAGAAUAGGAGCAAUAAUAUUAUCUGCUACUUCUUCUAGAUGAUGAUGAAGCAUCUACAUCUUCUAACGGACUAUGCUAAAUUAAGAACAACGGAGCACGAGUGCCUCUACCUAAUAUCCAUAUCAAAGACAGCACGGGAGUACUUCUACUUCUUAAUCUACAUACAUCUUAAUUUACUUACAUUAUAAGAACAAGAAGACUUUGCUGCGCCUCUUCAUUUAAUGUAUCAGAGUAGUUUAUAGCACGCAUGGAGUAGCAUGGAGCGCAGUCCCAUAAGGGACGCAAGGGCAAGAGGCGCCCCCUGUAGCUCCAUGCAGCUCCAUGCGGUCCAUGCACUCCAUGCCGUGCGACCUGUGGAGCCUUAUAUAUAUAUAAAUGAUUCUGAUAUAUGGAGCUGAUAAUAGAGUAGUUUAUAGCACGCAUGGUGCAUGGAGUGCAUGGAGUAGCAUGGAGUGCAUGGAGCGCAGAGCUUUAAGGGGCGCAAGAAGCUCCCCCUUUAGCUCCAUGCUACUCCAUGUGAUCCAUGCACUCCAUGCCAUGCGAGCUAUGCAACUUUAUAAAUUGCUCUGCGAUAAAUCUUCACCCAUUUCCCCCAAAACCAAGCCAAUGCAACAUCAUUCGCAUUUUGUAUUUUGUCGGUACCGCUAGACCUAGAAGCAUCUGCUUUAUCUCUAAGUCAAUAGAAGUUAACGUGCGCGACGUGAUGCUUGUCUACGAGCGGACACUGGGUCAAAGCAAACAGACCGAGUCUCUGUUGGGCGGUCACUAGGAGGCGUUCUUGAGAGUCUGUCAAGUUGAUUGCUAGUAUGACUUAUAGGUUAGUAACCUAUGCGUAGUUGCAAGAAGGAGAACUAUUUCAAUAUGAUCCGGUGACGUCAUGUAAUCAGCGGACGUCGAUAGUACUACAAGAGGCUUUUAUUUUGAAGGGUAUUCUAUCGCUAUCCAUCUGAACUAUGCUGAGAAGUGGAGUCUUCCUUGAUUUUUUUAAAGGGGAAGCUAAGGGGUAAGUAGGGGAACCCACUCGGCUCGGGAUGGUGAAGAACUACCUGGAAUUAUUAAUCUGUGGAUGAUUGUGAGCCAAUUCGUAUCGUCCUGUAUUGCUAUCGUAUCCUUGACUCGUUAUCGUCUGGCAGCAAAGUAAAUUCUUGUUGAAAUAUACGUGGGCAUCUGUGGCGCCCGUAUAUGUAUACACGCAGAGCGCUAGAAGCUAACGCGACGCUAGGAAUGAACGCACAAGGCGGAGACCUUUGAAAGCGUUAAACAGGAGCAGGCCCCAGUGCAGAACGAAGAGGCUUCGCAGCUCAUGCAACACAACCGAGAACGCCAAAAGCGAACGACUUUGCGCCGGGAACGUUACGCCCGAAGUGACUAGAUGGACAAAGAACGGCGAAGCAAGAAGACUCAGCAAGUGGCCGAUAGCGAAGUCGUUGCAAGUGCAGACCGGUGAACCGAACUACCCCGCGAACCGGUAGGCCCUCGAUGGCGAGGGUAUGCCGUUAGACAGCAAGCGUUUGAACGAACCAGACCAAUUUCCAACAAGAGCAAACGGCAGACAGAGACGAAGCCGCGCGACCCUCUUGAGAGGCGCGAAGCAAGGGGGCGAGACGUUGCCAAAUUUGACAGCGGAAGAGAUGAACACGAAGGCGCAACGGCUCCGGCGGCUGCCCACCCCUGCGCCUGCGCAUGGCGGGCCUCUGGGAGGUGAAGCAAGCGCUGCGGCCCCGAGUGGACUCAGCUACCGAAGGGAGAGGCGAGCGGCAGCAAAUGACUGGGAGACAAUCGAAGCGGGGUAGCCAAGAUCCAGGCAGGCUUCUAGCGAACUCGGGGCGGCUAGGUGCUUGCGCUCACCUCGGUCGCAGAGAGUGCCCCGCCCCUCGGCGCAAACACAUGAAAAGCCAACCAAGCUGGCAACAACUUGCGAAGGGUUGCGCACAGCUCUUCGAUGGGUUUCCCAACAGCUCUUCGAUGGGUUUCCCAAUUCCUCGAGAAUCUGAGCGGCGGGGCCGAGUCCAUGGGGCUCAUCGAACAACCCAAGCUGCGCAACCCCCAGACCGGCGACCCAAAGUCUAGCGAGGCACGCGACACAAAGGCCAGGCCCAUAAUACUUACUGAGCCGCGCCGCGGCUUGUCGUUUUGCCGCCUCUGACGCGCGACGCCAAUUAAUACAGCGUGCGGGAGAGGUGUGAACGCUGCACAGCGCUAGACGCUAAACCAACUAAGCGGGUUGGGUGCGGACCUUUUCUGAUUUUCAUUCUGACACUUUCCCCAGCUUCGCCCGAAAAAAACUGCCGGCAGAGCUGUAGACUAGGGCGGUAUCUAGGCAAAGCCCCGCGGCGUAGGAGUAAACGCCUUGAACAGGCAAAGCCCCGCACGAUUUUGACAAUUUGGCGCGGCGUUUAUUCUUGUCGCGGCGUUUCUCUCUACCUCUAGCGUCGCCGCCAUUCUCUCCCGGUUCAGGAAUAAACACCCACAAAAAUAGCGCAGAAGAGUGCAGCGGGGGGCUUGUCUUUAAACUGUUCAGCCCUCAGGCUCUGCGUGUAUUCUAUUUAUCGGCGUGAUCGCUGUGCUAUCAUGGGCGGGCUUGCCCAUCUCAUCAUCAUCCAGGUGCUUUAUAUCCUAUCAUAUCCUGACAAGUAUCCAUUUUCUUCUAACAGAGAAAAUGUAAAAUACUCUCUCUGAGGCAAUAAACACAUCAUACUACUUGCACUUCUAAGAGAUGGACAGCUGGAAAGCAAUCAAAGCUGAGAGCAGAGAAAUACUCAAGACGCCGUGCAAUCUGGUGGCAGGUCAGGGCAAGCAGCUACGAGACCAAAAAAUUACGCUGACACAUACACGGGUGCUGCAGUGAUUUGAUUUUUAAUAGAAACUCAAAGAAAAAAUCUACUCUUGUAGUGGACGCCCGUCGGAGGGGUGGUUGUAAAAUAUAGAAGAGAGGACGAGGACUACAAAAUAUGCUGGGGUGUUUUUGUAUUGUACUAUCGCCAUCUGAUGAUCUUGGAGGUGGUCAUCUAAGUGAUUCUAAGUAAUUAAACUAGCAUAGCCUCAUCUUCUAAUAAGAAAAAAAAUACGAAGAAGGACGGGAAGCAGCAGAACCAGAAGCCGAAAAGAAAGGCGUCAUGGGAUGCUCCUGGUUCGUCUACUACUGGUUCACCCUCUAUUAUGGUCAGCAUCUAUCCAUCUUGAUGCUCUGCAUCUUGGUGCCCUUUUUCCCUGGAAAGGCAACCCGUUCGCUUUUUUCCUCAUAUCAUAGGCGUAUCCCGACACGCAAUGCAUUCCCAUGAAAUACAAGGGACGAGGGGCCAAGGUGAGGGGGGCGAGAUGAAUAAGCGCGGCCGACUCUAAUUCUAGCAGCCCAAAAACCUCUGGUUCCGCUGAUGGUCAUGGAAGCUCUGGCGUCAGUAAAGGAAGCGCUAGCGGACAAGAUAUGGGCACGCCCGUGAGUAGAAGUAGUUACAGUGCUGUACUCACACGAUAGGACUUAUCAAAUUGAUUUACUUUAAUACGUUCCCCAGAUGAAAAUUUAAAUUAGCUAGGAGAAGAACAAGAUGAAUUUUUUAGGGUUGAUAGCUCAUAUACGAUCAUACAACUCGCCAGGGUCGGAGUCGGAAGAAAAUGCUGAACACUAGCCUGGAGCGCCCGACAGCACCCCCUCGCACUAGGGUCCCCCCCUUCCGAAGUAACCCACGGAGCACCAGGCCCGCCUGGGAUUCAGUUUCUUGGGUUUGAUUUGCUCAAAUCCAAAAAUUUUCGAUUUCUAAAAGUUUUCCUAAAAUUUAACGCCUUGGGCUUGGAUUUCUCAGGUCUAAAAGUUUAUGACUUAGAAGGCUAAAGGUUUACGACUUUAGCAAACUCUUCCGAGCUUCAAGCUCUUGGGUUUGAUUCGUGGGCUCAGCUUCUUGGGUUUGAAUUCCUCAAAUCCCAAAACUUUUGACUUUGGCAAGCUUUGCCGAGAUUCAACUUCUUGGAUUUGAUUCGCAGGCCCAUACUUUCAAGAGUUCGCGAGCCCGUAAGCUUGUAAGUUCGUAUGUUCAUAAGUGUCAGCCCAAUCUCUUGGAUUUGAAUUCCUCAGGUGCCAAAGUUUUUCACUUUCAUGAGCUCGGCUGAGCUUCAAUCGCUUGGAUUUGAUUCGCAAGCCCAUAAGUUCAGAAGUGCGCAAAGCCGUAAGCCCAUAAGCGUGAGCCAAAUUAAUCUCUUGGGUUUGUUUGAAUUCCUCAAUCUCAAACCCCAAAACUUUUGACUUGGACAAGCUUUGCCGAGAUUCAAUGCCUUGGAUUUGAUUCGCGAGCCCGUGGCAAGUUUCUAAAUUCAAUCAGAAACUCAGAAGUUCGCAAAUUCAUGAAUUACUUAAGAAACUCAAAAGCGCGGAAACUAUUCAGAAACCCAGAAGCCCGCAAGUUCGUAAAUUCGUAAGCCCAUAAACUCGCAAACUCGUAAGCUCAUGAACUCAAAAGCUCAAAGGUUCAGAAAUUUGCAAGUUCAUACGCUUAUAAGUUUGCAAGUUCUUAAAUUUGUAAGCCACUAAACUCAUAAAUUGGCAAAGAAACUCAUAAGCUCAUAAACUCGCGAGCUGGCUCAUAAGCUCAGAAGUUCGCAAAUUCAUAAACGCAUAAGCCUCUAAGCUCGUAAGGUAAGUUUCUAAGUUUUUGAGUUCGUGAGGCCAUGGGGAUGGGUUCAGGACUUCAAAUAUGAAAGAAAGAGGGAGGGUCUGGGGCUUGGGGUUUGGAAGUGGGGGAGUGAGAGUUUGGGGGGGUCGUUGUUGUUUUUUAGUUUAGCUCUUUAAUAUUACUACCUAGCAGAAGAGUGCUCGUAACCGGUGCAACAAGUGGAAAACUACAACUAGAUCGGUCUUCUAGCUGUAAUUUACUACUUAAAUGCUUUGAGCCAUACAUAGUUUUGAAGGGUCAUGCAGUCGUCUCCUUGUUACGGCAUGAACGUAAUUAAUAUACAACGUUUACAUUAUAGAUAGUUAAUUUAAUUGCGGCAAGAUUCCAUCUUUUUUUAUGGCUCUUCAAUGGCCUCGAACGCUCACCCCCUCAUACUAGGUGGGCUCACUCCUGUCCUGUCCUAUGAUCAACAACAUUAUGAGAAGCUCACUUUUUGUUUUUCUUGUGGUCUUCUCUCAUAAAGGGUAGUCGUGCUGACGUGCGCCCUCGCGCUGGAAGUAGCAGCAGUGGCGAUUCGAGCAAAGAUGCUGCUGGUCUUACUAUGGAAACUCAAAAAAGUCCUUUUCAUUUUGAUGAUGUAUACAAGUUUAGCUUCGAUCAAUCUAGAGUCUCAGCACUUUUUUGAGGAUGUGGCUGGUUUUGGAACUGUUCUAGUAAAUAAUCCUCCUGCCGGUAGGCGCCACCUACUAGGACGAGAUGUACUACUAGCAGUAGCAACUAGGAGCGUGCUUAUAAUUAUUAGCACAGUUUAUAGACGGUGGGAAGGUGGGCACGGUGGGCGACGCUGGACCGCUGGGCGGCCACGCUUGGCACGGUGAGCGGACCCCUGGCACGCAUGGCCGGCACGCUGGGCGCGUAUAGCGUUGCCCCGCUGCUUCCGCCAAUGUACAGGGCUGCAGCCGAGGGCGGCGCCGCUCUACGCUCCUUUGCGGAGUGGCCACGUGCUCGCUGCUUGCGGUGCUUCGCUGCUGUAUGCAGUGCCGCCUGGGUUUGUAGAGUGCGGCGCAGCGUUGCAGUGUGCCUCAGUGCUCUGCUGCAAUGUGCGGCCAGCGCUGCUGAGGGAUAUGCCCAGGCGGGCCAGUAGGUGGGCGCCCCGAUUCGUAUGCAGCUUGCUGCGGGUCCACGGUGCAUGCGCUUACUCUACCGGGAGGCUUCAGAAGUGGGCGCCUAAAGGGCGCCCCGAUUUUUGACCCCAAGUCUCACGCUGGGCAAAAUCUUUCGCAGAAGACCCACUUUUGGGCGACCCAGCGUGCCAAGCGUGCCCACCGAUCCAAUUCUGGAGAGGGAGCGGGCUUUCUCGUUACAUGCGCCAGGGCUGGAGGCGAGGGGGGCCCCCCUGGCCAUGUGGAUGGAGCUGUGGCGGCGUCGGCGCGCCCUUUUUUCCGCGGUGGUGUUAGGAUUUCCAGGGGCGAAGGCCUCACAAAGCGUGCGGAGCCGGGGGCCCGUUACUGCUCUCCGCGUGUGCCUCGCAGGCGUCCUGGCUCUUGGACCCUACCAGGACGGCCUCUGGGGGUAGAGGGCGGCCAUGGUCGCGAGGCCUGGCCUCUUUUGCUGGGUUGCCCCCAAAUUGGUGGCAGCAUCAGCCGCCUGCAAACGCCCGGGGGGCUGAGGACCAAAGGAUUGGAGGAGUGGGGGCAAAGCGUGUCCGCCUGGGUUCUGUCGGACACAUACAGCACGGCGAAGGAGGUCAGGCUGCCCGCGGAGGCCCCCUACCCACCGGGAGGGUCCCCCGUGAGGAGCCCGCACACCUGGGGGAGGUCUGCCGUAAGAGUCAGCGAACGCCCCCCGCGGAUCGUCACGCGUCACGCCUCUAGCGUGACGCAUAUGAAUCCCGGGGGGAUUGGGUGUUUUUUCGCCAUGCGUGCUCUAGCGUGACGCAUGGGAAUCUCGUGGGGCCUGGGUGCUUUUUGACGAUGUGCGCUCUAGCGUGACGCAUGGGAAUCUCAUCGGGGUCGGGUGUCUUUUCCGCGUGCGCUCUCUAGUGAGUGUGACGCAUGGGAAUCCAAUGCAGACGAGACCAGGCGCCCCUUUGCCAGUGUGUAAGCGUGAAAGGGUUCUCCCUUGAGGGCAGGGCCCUCAUGAUCGGAAAGACUUCAGCUGGGUGUCCUCUAUUCGGAUUGAGGGUCCUCCCUUGAAGGUCCUCAUGAUCGGAAGGCCUUCAUCUGGGAGCCUUCUCAGAGUGAGGGUUCUCCCUUGGAGGUCCUCUCUCUCUCAUGAUCGGAAAAGCUUCAUCUGAGGGCCCUCUCAGAGUGAGGGUUCUCCCUUGAGGGUCUUCAUGAUCGGAAAGACUUCAGCGGAGUGUCCUCCAUUCAGAUUGAGGGCUCUCCCUUGAAGGUCCUCAUGAUCGGAAGGACUUCAUCUGGGAGCCCUCUCAGACUGAGGGUUCUCCCUUGAAGGUCCCCUCUCAUGAUCGGAAGAGCUUCAUCUGGGGGCCCUCUCAGAGUGAGGGUUCUCCCUUGGGGGUCCUCAUGAUCGGAAAGACUUCAGCUGGGUGCCCUCUAUUCAGAUUGAGGGCCCUCCCUUGAGGGUCCUCAUGAUCGGAGGGGCUUCAUCUGGGAGCCCUCUCAGAGUGAGGCUUCUCCUUUGAGGGUCCUCUCUCAUGAUCGGAAGAGCUUCAUCUGAGGGCCCUUUCAGAGUGAGGCUUCUCCCUUGAGGGUCCACAUGAUCGGAAAGACUUCGGCUGAGUGUCCUCGAUUCAGCUUGAGGGCUCUCCUUUGAAGGUCCUCACGAUCGGAAGGGCUUCAUCUGCGAGCCCUCUCAGGGUGAGGGUUCUCCCUUGCGGGUCCUCUCUCAUGAUCGGAAAGACUGCAUCUGGGAGCCCUCUCAGAGUGAGGGUUCUCCCUUGAGGGUCCUCAUGAUUGAUCGGAAAGACUUCAGCUGGGUGUCCUCUAUUCAGAUUGAGGGCCCUCCCUUGCGAUCCUCAUGAUCGGAAGGACUUCACCUGGGAGCUCUCUCAGAGUGAGGGCUCUCCCUUGGAGGUCCUCUCGCAUGAUCGGAAGAGCUUCAUCUGAGGGCCCUCACAGCGUGAGGGCUCUCCCUGGACGGAGGGUCCGCAUGAUCGGAAAGACUUCAGCUGGGUGUCCUCUAUUCAGCUUGAGGGUUCUCCCUUGAAGGUUCUCAUGAUCGGAGGGACUUCAUCUGGGAGCCCUCUCAGGGUGAGGGUUCUCCCUUGAAGGUCCUCGCCCAUGAUCGGAAGAGCUUCAUCUGCGGGCCCUCUCAGAGUGAGGGUUCUCCCUUGAGGGUCCUCAUGAUCGGAAAGACUUCAGCUGAGGGCCCGAGGGUCCUCAUGGUCUGAAGGUGGGGCCUUCAUCUGCAGGCCCCUUCCUGAGCGUCACGCGAAAAGUGUGACGCCUUGUCUCUAGUAAGUCUGUAGGGUACAUGCAACAAAAGCGUCACGCUUUUCGCGUGACGCGUCACGCUCUUCGCGUGACGCUCGAACCAAGAUGGGGCAAGCUCUCAGUAGUACUAUUCCGGGGGGGAAGGCGUGGCGUCUUAUGUAGGACCGCGGGGGGCGUUCGCUGACCCUUACGGAGGUCUGCCGGGGACAUGCAACACGGCAGGGGGGUCAAGCCUUGCCACCUUUGCGGCCUUCGGAGGCUUUCCACCACAUGCCGCCGGUUUUUGAACAACGGCCUCACGGGCUUGGGCUCUGGGGGGUACAUGUAAGAAGCCGCCAGGGCACGAAGGUGGGCGUUUGGAGGCCUUCCCGCCUGGCAGUCUCUCGGCAAAAAAGGCGCUAGGCUAGACGCCCCCCCGCCGCCUCCCUAGAUCGGGGGCGCCUGCCUUCAGCCCUGAGCCUUGAGAAGUAUAUUCGUAUUUAUAAAUAUAUAGUUAUCAUGGCUUUCCUUAAGAAGCAAAAACUUUCCUUGAGAAGCUUUCUUUUUCUUAGGGACAAGCGGCAAUAGACUUAGGUUAAUAACAAAGGCGCUCUAAAGCCCUUGCUAGUACUACGAGCGCAAUGGUACCGCGGGCGUGGGCGUCUUGCAUCAUGUCCAUGAAACAGCCAAGCCUAUACAUCUCCGCGCCUGAAGGCUGGGGCCCAGCUUCUGGCCCUGCGCAUAGAUAUGGCCAAGCGUGGCCUUCUCAUGGGCCUCAUCCAUGACGCUCGCCAGUGUCAGCUUUUUGCCAUGGGUAUGCUAUGCCUUAGGAUUCUCCUGGACAUGAUCACACUCAAAAGGGCCCAGCCUCUGUGCUUACAUAUGUCGAAGCGUGGCCUUCUCAUGGACUUCAUGACGCUCAGCGGGCCGGCCUUGCUUGGCGCCCAUUGGCUUGCCCCUAGCAAGCAAGUGUGCCAAGGCAGUAGCCAUAGCGGUGCCUCCUCACUAGCCUCGCCACAGUGGGAGCCAGCUUCCCAGCCUUGGCGAGCAGACUUGGCGACUUUUUUCGCCUGUCUUUCUGUCUCUGAGUAGUCAAUCUGUCUAGUUGUUAACCUAUGCCCAGCGCAGCGGGCCCUUGAUGGGCCCGCUUUCUGGGCAUGCAUCCAAAUACAUUACACAUUCUUACCAGCAUCAUCCUCGGAGCUGAAAUCUCCAGAAAAAACUAACGUGGUGCAAUGAAAGUAUACUAGCAGCCGGCUAGUUUCCCUCGUCUUGUUACAUUUAGUCUCCUAGGAAUAGAGCGGUAAACGCAUGCUCGUAAUUUUUACCGGCUUAUCAGGCUGCACCUUCCACUACAUCAUACGCUUACCAGCUCUGAGUCCCCAUGCAAAUGACCUCACGCUUACCGGGCUAGUACACAUUAUAAUAUAUACCUCAAGACUAGGAAGGUACAUCAAUCAAUUAUUCCCGGCUUUUUUCUCACCCUUACCAGUUCCCAGAACCUAUCCCUUACCAGUUCUUAGUCCCUAUCCCUUACCAGUUCUUAGUUCCUAUCCCCUACCAUUUCUUAGUCCUUAUCCCUUACCAGUUCUUUGUCCUUCAUUUGUCCGAUAGUCGGCACAGGAACAAACUCGCUUGGGGAUGCGUUAGGAAUUCGCACGAUGGUUAAGGGUUCCCACAUUGCAUUCUCCAAUAUAGUAUAUGAUGUGCGACUAUGUGAGACUCGUGCCUGCUCCCCAUGCCACGACUUGUUGCAUCCUUGACUUGCGCAACCUUUGACUUUUUCAGUAUCAACAAAGACAACAGGAGCACAGUGACAACACCAGUAUCAAAGACAACUCGCGGGAGCAGGACGAGAUGAUGAUAAAACUACUCUUACAGAUCUGCUGGAGAGAAACUUCCCUAUAAUUAGACUACUAAAACAAGAACUAAUAUCAACAAGAAAGACCUCUAACACAGGAGGCCUGGACGGACUCUUAGAGCCGAAUCCACGUGUCUUCACUAGCACGGACUUCGAUUUCACCGACGUGAUGAAAAAGUUUUCUUUAAGGCUAUCGCUAUUGCUAUUCAUCAUUUUUUUGAUCCACCAGUGUCUGUGUGCGUGGCAGUACCAGACCUUUGAUGAAAAGUUGUAAAAUGGCUCAGCUUGUUUCUUAGAAGAUGCAAGGCUGUACCAACUACUACUACAACUACAUACUAGGUGUAACUACUACUAGCUACAAAACCUAAAAUGAAUUGGCUAACUACUACUACUAGCACUAGCACUACUACCACUACUACCACUACAACCACUACUGCCACCACUAAUGCCACUACUACCACUAAUGCCACUACUACCACUACUGCGACUACUACUCCUACUGCUCCUACUACUCCUACUCCUAGCUACUCUUACUCGUAGCUGCUACUCCUACUCCUAGAUACUCUUAGCUACUCCUACUCCUAGCUACUCGUAGCUACUCCUAGCUACGCCUCGCUACUCCUCGCUCCUCCUCGCUCCUCCUAGCUACUCCUAGCUACUCCUAGCUACUCCUCGCUACUCCUCGCUCCUCCUCGCUCCUCCUCGCUCCUCCUCGCUCCUCCUCGCUCCUCCUCGCUCCUCCUCGCUCCUCCUCGCUCCUCCUCGCUCCUCCUCGCUCCUCCUCGCUCCUCCUCGCUCCUCCUCGCUCCUCCUCGCUCCUCCUCGCUCCUCCUCGCUCCUCCUCGCUCCUCCUCGCUACUCCUAGCUACUCCUAGCUACUCCUAGCUACUCCUAGCUACUACUAGCUACUACUAGCUACUACUAGCUACUACUAGCUACUACUAGCUACUGUAGCUACUACUAGCGACUACUAGCUACUACUAGCGACUACUUCGCUGCUGGUCGACUACUUCGCUGCUGGUCGACUACUAGCUACUACUUCGCUGCUGGUCGGUGCAUCUUGAAGAUGAACGCCAGCGGGUCGCGAUUACUAGUUAAUUCCGGUCUUGUAUUCCUUUAUCACUAUUUGCAUUAUCAUCUUGUUAUUAAACAGUAGAUGACAGUAAAAGCAGUAGUGCACUUGUUAACCAGUAGUGCACUUGUUAACCAGUAGUGCACUUGUUAACCAGUAGUGCACUUGUUAACCAGUAGUGCACUUGUUAAGACAAUGCUUCAUACUCCACCUGCACCACCAGACUACCGAAGUAUGAUAGUCAUGUGACUUCAUUCAUCAAAGAACUUUAUCUCUAUUAUUACUACUUGCCAAAGAUGAAAAAGAUACGAAGGAGUUGAAAGACAUCACCUUCAUCACCUUCAUCCCCUUACCCUUACGAUUUGGCUGAACAGGGGAACUUGAUCAAGCAGGUCUUCUAAUUGCUUACGACCCCGAUGUCGGGAUAACACAAGAAGAAGUCGCACCUCGCACGGAUGGUGAAACCAUGUAUGUUGUGGACUACUUCGUUCUCCUCCAGAGUUUUUCCUUUUAGUAGAAGAACUAGUACGUCGUCUUUGUUUUUACAACUUCUACUGCAGAUCAUUACUGCAAAGAAUGUAGCGUUAAUGCUUUGCAGUAACACAGAGUAAUUAGACAUUACUUUGUAAGUAACGCACAAUGAUGAAGUGCUGCAUCAACUUGGGCCCUUGUCCUACCUUGUAGAACAGCAGUACGUGUUGAGACUGUUCAUGUCUCAUGAUCAUGAUAGCGAUAGCGAUAACAAUAAUGACCCCGGCUGGCCAUCGGGAGCUCCCGGCGAGCGAAACACCGCGCAAAGCGUCGAAAGAUGACCAGCGCAACUCCCUCGCCGAGUGCGGAGGAGCAACGAGAAGGCAAAGCACAACGCGCAUGCCCAUAGAGAGACGGCCGGCGCAAUUCCUCCGACGAAAGCGCGCGCCUGGCUCGCUGCGCAGGCUCUCCCGUGUGCCGUUCGUGUCUGGUGGGGUGUGUCUUUGCUUUUUCGUCUCCGCCUGCUCUGGUUGUGUGUGCGUAGGAUAGUCCGCGCCCCUGCGGGGUGUCGAGCUGUGCCGCCGCCUUGGUUAAGCUAAAUGAGCGCGCGUGGCUAUCAUCCGGCGAAGGUUUUCGGCGGUGCGUGGUUCUGGGCUUUCUGCUCGGCGUUGUUCCUGGUGCUUUCCCCCAGUGGCUGCAGAAUGCGCGCAGGCAUAGCACAUGCAACCCAUCAACGAGGAGAACCCGCACAGCCGAGGAUAGGGCUCGCGGGUUCUCUCUCGGAGUUAAUUCGUUAAAAGAAACAACGAUGGCGCAGCUUCCGUCGCCUGUUCUUAGAGGUAGCCACCGCACUGCCUGACCCUCGCCCGCCUGAUUUCUCCCCCGCGCACCGUGAGCGCAGGCGGCGCCCAGUUCCCCUCCCGUUGGGUCUUUUCGCGCUUGGUCGUGUGUGCUGGUCGGUGCUGGAUUCACCACAGACACCAGCGAGGCCAGCUCUUUGGCUUGUUUACGCUACUCCGCGUGGGUGGGUGACUGAGCACAUCUCUCUGCGCCACAGGCUUGGCGCGCGUAUCCGCAUGACGUGGCUUUUGGCUAGCUUCGUUCCCCAACGGGCUCGAGGUUGGGCGUAUUUUCUUCGCCCGUUUCUGAUUGUCGCGCGCAGUUGCGCCCACGGGUUGGGAGUCGCCGCGCCUGCGCUGCUGCUUUCUAUUUUUAUGUUUGAACCCCGUGCCAGAGCAUUGAGUAAGGCCCCGCGGCAGGGACGGAGUUCGGACCACCACGCCGCAACCAAUACCAACCCAGACUUGUAUUCUUUGACUUCUGUGCACCAGGACAGUCACGACAGGGCGCGAGCGAGCUGCGGUUAGCGUGGCCGUGCUCUUUCCAAACUGCUGAGCUUUGGCUCCCGCGCGCCUUGGAGGCGCUUGAGGCCUUGAGGCAGUCUGUUAGGCUGGUCUCACCUUUCAUGCGUUAGACUGCGCGCGGAGUACUGUAGUGCACAGCCCGCCCAACUCCGGGCCAACCUCGCCGCUGGAUAACAAUAAUUAUAGCGAUGAUGAUAAUGAUGAUCUUCUCUUAUUGGCCGCAAAGGCAAAAUGCUGGAACAGCAACAGCAACAGGAAUACGGCAAAACAAGGAUAUGCUCGGGUCACCUAGCAAAACCGGGAAAACGCCGCGUGAUCCUUAAGGGAUGACGAUGAGAUCUCUGCAUUAGUUGUUCUACAUCUUAUUUCAAAUUCAAUCUUUGAAUACUUUUCCUACUAUCCAUCCUACUUUGAUUUAAUAGAUGCAGCCGCCCAAAAUAAAAGCUUAAUCAUAACGGGUAAUCCAUCUUAUUGGAGUUGGACUCCUAGCUUGUUCUACUAACUGUUUGGUCGAAGCACGAUUAUAUUGCCCUCUCUAUGUCAUCUAUGUGAACAUAUAGAAGUAGCAGCCACGUCAGACUCAGAGCAACUUAUCCUCUCCUAUUGUAUCUUUUUGGACCUGCUAGUUUGUUAACCCAGGCAGUUUAUCGAAGAGCACAACUAGAUCCUCUCGCUCACUCAAGCCUUUACUCCUCUUCUUCCAGGUUCAAGAACAGGGUUAAUUAAUAGUGUUGUCGUGCCAAUCAAUAUUCUAUCAAUAUUCUCGCUUGAAUCUCUAAUCAACGGACACGCCAGGAACAGGUGAUACGUCAUUUCUCCAAGAUGAGCCACGUAAUGCGUUUGCCUUUCUCGAAGAAGGUUGGAUAUCUUCUUCCUCGAAUAGUACUAGCACGACAGGAGAAAUUUCAUCUAUUUUUACGGCGUAGGAAGGUACAGGUAGCACCAGUACGAGUACUACGUUGUACUUAGAGCGAAGUAGGAACUGGUGAGUUUGAAUGGUUCUGGUAUUUGGUAACCUGAAUUUGAUCCUAAGGGUUCUUGUCGUCCCUAGUACUAUGUACCAGGUGGUCUCGUACUAACAGGAUAGAUAUUUUUGAGCUGGUCAUCUACUUCUUGUUGGGAUCGUUCUACCUGGGUCCAUUGAGUAAUCUAGUGAGAAGUUCUAAAAAUUUAACACCAGCUACUUCAAGUUCAAAGGCGGGAGUAGAGCCCUUCCUCGCAGAUGACGGGGAUGAGCACGAAGAUAGUCAAGCAGACCUCGACGAACUUGAAGAAAAACAUGGUGAAGAUGAUGAAGAGGACGAUGACGAUCCAGAUGUUGACGCGGAUGAUGUCGAAGUUCAUAGUGACGAGGAAGAAGACGAUGACGAAGAAGAUGAAGAACAUCAGUCAGAUCACGAGGAGGACGACGUGGAUGCGGUUUUUUUAUCAGGGAAGACGACGGUCAUCAACAAGAGCCUUCUUGAGGAGCACGAGGAAGCGUUGGACGAUGGUGGUGGAAGUAGUUCCACCGCUUCGACAGGACGAAAGGAGGUGGACGAAACGUUGGCAGUAGAUACUGCUAGUACUUCCACCGCUUCAACAGAAGGAGAGGACGGACUAAAGCAGGAGGGCAUGCCGAUACAAGGUCAAAGUACUUCUUCCAGUGCACUAGUCACUAACGGUAAUGCGACCUUGGCAGAGGCAGAAGACGAAUUGAUGAGUAGAGAUGCGAGUAGUAGUAGUACCACUCACACUACCACUAGUACCACUACUGCUUCUUCUUCAACAGAAGAAUAUGCUCGACCUCGAACAUCAAUACAGUCUUCACCAUCACACGACAACGUGAACAUGGAUGCAGAACCUCCACAGCAUCAGGAUGUUCCUGCUCACGACAAUGGACAGGGAGCUGUCACCUCAGAAGGUCAUCAGCUCGUGGACAAAAGAGAAGAUCAUGAAGAAAAUGUUGAAGGCGAUGGAGCAAAUACCAUUAGCAGCACAUCAACUUCUACUACAACUGCUGAGAAAUCGGUACCGGAGCUUCGAGAAAAAGCACCUGAACAAGAUGUACUAGGUGAAUCUUCAAUGUUGGAGCUACUUGGAGAGAAAGCGCGACCAGCUGAAGCUCGUGAUGAAUCAGAAGACUAUAACUCAGGUGACCUAAUGGAGAAUGAGGAACAGGAGCCAGAUUUUUACUAUGGGAUGGACUAUGUUCUCGUAUGAAGAGAAGAUAGAUUAGGAAGGAAAUUGUAUUAAUUCAUCAAUGUAGAAGUUGUAGAGGAUGUUGGUUUUCGCAUGAUGAUGAUUAGCAACGUCCUCUACUUCAGCAUGAAAGGGACUAUUUUUUCGCAUGAUGAUGAUUAGCAACGUCCUCUACUUCAGCAUGAAAGGGACUAUGUUUUCGCUGCAUGAUGAUGAUUAGCAACGUCCUCUACUCCUCGAUUAGCACAUCAAGUCUUUACAGUAACAGUAUGUCAUAGUUGUGCUCCUUGUAGUUCAUCUGCUUCAGAUUCCUCUGCUCUGUCUCGAAAACUACAUUCGACGCACUUGUUUAAUAUGAGACGAGUGCCAUUGACAGAAAGCUAACCUCAACCACGGCCUUGAUCGAGAUCGUGUUGUAGUUAGUAGUUGAAAUUUUACGCAGAUCAUGAUCUAGAUGUUUGUUAGAAGUUCUUAGUAUGGUGCUUCUUAGAUUUAGACGUAUCGAACUUGAUGAUGAUCAACGAAGGGGGCCGCUCACAGUUGUUUUUGAUUCAGUAUGUAUGAAAUGGAAACACAUGUUAGAGCAUUUUUACUGAAGUUAAAGUACUAGUCGUUAGUAAAUUAUAAUCAGAUUCAGAAGUCAGCCCCAGUCUCCUUUAUGAACAAUGAAAAUCAAAAUUUCAAUUGGAAAUGAGUUGUAAGAUGAGUAACAAGUAGAAGUUAUCAGUAUCUAGAACGUAGCUCGAGAAUCAGCAACAUCAAGCAACAAGAGGGUUAGUUGAUGUAAAGAGAAAUCUAGCCAGGCGAAGUGUACCCAUCAUCUUUCUGUUCUUCAUCAAUCGUGGUUCUAUUAAGUAGUGGUAGUCUGUUACCACGUGGUUUUAUAGGUUGUGCUAGCGGUAGUAUGUCUUAAUGCUUGCCGAACUUGAACAUCAAGUUUUUGCCUGACUGUCCGUCUUAGGAUACGAAGCCCUGUAACUCAUCCACUAUAAUAAGUUCAAGUAUAACAAGUAGGUAUGAUCAUUAUUUCUUUGUGUCUAUUCUUCUUCUUGCUUCAUGAUCUUCGUCUCAUGAUGGCACUAAGCAGUAUGUAUUUUGUUGCUCUGGCGUUAUCGUUAAUAUCUUGAUAAUUCUCAAUAGUAAUUUCUGUGGCUUAAUUCUUCCUUCGUGUUUCCAAGUCCAAAAGGUUUUAUGCAAAAACCGUCAUCAAUGAUAUCAAAGACAGUGUAAUUUGUAAGGACAAGGACUUUCAUUUUCGAGAUGCGCAGGCAGAAUGGUGUCUAUUGCUCUACUUUUCCGUCGCCAGGCAGUGUAGGCUCCACGUCCUUUUGGAAAACCUGAGAAACAAGAUGACG